GUCUUCCUGCCUCGUUGGGGCCUGCAUUGGAAUUAAGUGCGACACCGGACAAGGCGGUGCACAACUUAUUGUACAGUAAUCUCCCAUUGCAAGUGGCACCGCCUGACUCUCCCACUGCAAGCAGCCACCGGCUGGAUCGUUGCAUCUUCAGGGUACGUGUCUUGCCUUCCAGUUGUCGUGGCUUCUUGGCCCAAGCGCCAAGAGCAAGCAUGGCGCUGCAUCCCGGCAUUGGCCCAAUAGUGGCAUCCGCACGGGCUCAGAUUUUCAUGAGUCGCCGCCUGGCAAUGCCUAUGCUCACAACUUGCACAAGUAGCCAUGGAACUGCCGUGCCAUCAAUCAAUCUUAGUAGCACCUCAGCUGGGUCAACGCCAAGAAUGCUCCGUUUAUGCAGCUUCGCGACAGGUAUUGCGUUGGUGUCGCUUCGGCUGCCACAGGGCACUCGUCGGUCAGUUAGUUCCACGACUGGCGCCAAAGUUGCUUUCCAUCCAUGCCGAUGCAGAGCUGGCCCAGCCAACGACUUGCUUGCGUUGGACGAUGGGGCUGGCCAGGAGCCGCUUCAAAAUAGCAGCACCGGCAGGAACAGCGGUGACAGUACCUCUGGCAGCAUUGCAAUUGAUGACAGGCAGCUUCAGCACUGGGAGCAGCAGAUACAUGCGCUCGUAGUGGUGCUGGUAUCUACAGAGCAUGUCAGAACGAGCGAAUUGCAGCAAGAGGUCCUCGGACUGAACGACGAGUGUUUCGGGGACGGUGAGUGGGGCUACUAUGGAAAAUGGGCUGCUGCCCUUGCAAAGCUCUUGCUGAAGCAGGGCAUCAUCGAUUUGGAUGAACUGGACGUGGCUUUGGGAGGGCGGAGUCCAGAGAAGGUUGGCGAAACCUUCAAGGUUGGGGCGGCGGUGAGGAUUAAAGACCGGACCCAGACAAGUCCUGCAUCGCAGUGGCGGAGGCCAUACUUGCCGGUUCCUGGCAGCGUGGCUGGGCUGCGGGGUGCCGUAGCAAAGAGACUGGGCCUCCGAUCAGAUGACAGUUUUUUUGCUCUGCAAAAGAGCCUCGGUUUGGGCACGGACACAACCUGCAAGCAAUACAUGUAUGCGGUGAACAUUGAUCCAGAAGCACUGUCGACAGGUUCUGAAAGACUCGUCACCGUUGAAGUUUCCCAGUGCUGGCUUGAGGCACUGAAGCCUGAGGCAGAGGCAGGUGCAAAAGUGCCUGGGGCAGCGAACGCCCCCAAAGCCCCCAAGAGGAGACACUUGCGUCAGAGCCUGAAGACCAUCGCGCAGAGCAUGCACGACUUUGCAUCGAAGCAUGCUGAAUUUCGAUCGCAUGGUCUUGAAAUUCACAGACAUCAGGGCAGGCACGAGCGACACGAGCAUCUUCCACGAUCCAUCGUGGAGGCACAAGCAGUGGAGAAGGAAGGCAGAGAAACGCCGGGACAGCGGGUCACUGAGGCACUCUUGCAGGUGUUGAUUUCCAGGGGCAUCCUGGCUAUGUCAGCGGUUUCUAGGGCAAUGGAGGUCAUCGACUCCUUGGGAGUCCAUCCCGUAGGUCCGUGGAUUGUGGCGCGUGCUUGGUGCGACACUCGCUUCAAAAGCUUGCUUCUCGAAGAUGCACAUGCUGCCAUUGAGUUGAUGGGUCACGAGGCGACAAGCUCUACGUCCACCGUGAAGAUCAAAGUGGUUGAAUCGACACCCUUGGUGCAUAAUCUGGUUGUUUGCACGUUGUGCUCCUGCUACCCGGUCACUUUGUUGGGCUUGUCCCCAGCAUGGUACAAAUCUCGCGAAUAUCGCGAGCAAGCAGUGCAAAGACCGCGAGAGCUGUUGAGAGAGUCGUUCGGCCUGGAAAUUCCACAAAACGUGGAACUCCGAGUGCACGAUUCCAACUCUGAAUUAAGAUAUAUCGUUUUGCCCCAGCGCCCUGUGGGUACUGAGGGCUGGUCGGAAGAACGGCUUGCCUCCGUGGUGACACGCGAUGCUAUGAUUGGCGUUGCGCUGCCGGACGUGGCAGAAGCGGGGGGUUUUCAAAGCAAACAGGGGAUAUAUCGCGGCCUGGGAGUGCCCAUCAAGAAUGCUUUGAGGCUUGCCCAGUUAUCAAUUGCCAAGAGGAUCAACGUGUUUAUUGGCAAUUUUCACCCCUGGGCGGACCUCGUCGACAUGCGAGGCUGCAGACGCAGCCCAGGAUGUGGCCAAGGCAGAGUCUCAUUGAAACAAGAAGAGGAGCAACGCUGGAAGGAAGAGUGGAUCUCUGUGGCGCAGGUGGAGCCCUGGAAACCUUCAUGGGAGCGGGGGAAGUCUGAGAACCUUUCAGAGCCUGCGGGCGGGUGCACUGCCGUCAGUUGCGCCGAAAUCGCAGCAUCGCAGCGGCCGCAGCAGCCUUCGUUGCGAAGGAGCAUGCCUCAUAGUCAUAAGCCGCGGCACGACCAGUUCCGCGCCGGUGGCAGGCACAAGUCAAAUACCCAGCGACGAAUAUGGAGACCAAAGUUUUCUCCAAAGCAGAGUCUAGCACUGACAGAUACCAUCAAGCCGCUGUCAGAUGUGGAUGCAGCAUCUGAAACGAACACGGCGGCAACGACUUCCUUGCAUACAGAGGCCAUCUGCCACGAGAUGUUCAGCCAAGACGGCGAUGUCCAAAGUGAGCAGUGUUGCUCAGAGACUCCAGAUGAUGUCAGCGGUGCUAGACCUUCGUCUGAUGAUUGUGUUGGUCAGAUAUUGGCGUUGUUGCGGAAUGAAUCAGCGAAGUUGCUCCCUCUCAGGGAGGAGCUCUUCAGCACAGUCAGGGACGCAGCCGCAGAUGCUUUGCCUAGCUUCGAGCGCAUGGCACUGGUAGGCAGUGUGGCCUUGACGAUAGAUGUACCCAGCUCUGAUGUCGAUGCUGUCGUGUUUACCAAAACUCCCAUCGACGCCAUCCAAGCCCUCAACGACAUGGCCGCCUUGCUGAGGCAGAAGGAGCCCCAGCUUCGCGUGCAGGUCAUCGACCGCGCUAGGGUGCCAAUUAUCAUGGUUUCGACCGGCGACAGGAUGGCCUCUCUCGACUUAUCUGUGAAUCGGAAGCUGCCGGAUGAGCACGUCUCCUGGUUUCAGAGCCUGCGCAUCUUUCAGGAGGAGCAGGAAUUUGUUGUGGAUUUUCUGAGAUGUAUAAAAUACUGGCACUCACGGCGCCAGAUACCCGGCACGAAAGAGGGUGGCUAUCCCAUUCUGGCUUGGAUACUUUUUGCGGUCCAAAGGCUGCAAGCCUUCCUCGCUGAAGAAACACAAAACGCAAGCCAUUGUGGGCGGCUUCUAGCCGCACUGGACCACUUUUUUCAGUCCUUGGUCUGGCCAGCUGACACCGUCAGUAUGUGUGGUUCUUCGGAAGAGUACAUGGGCUCCCGGAUUUGGCCGUUCCCGUGCAUCUUGGACCCUGUGACCCCGGAUGUCGGCAACUCAAACUUGAUCCACGAGAUCCCCAUCGCAACGCAGAUUCUGUAUGCGGACGAGUUCCUUAGAGCAAGGGCCCUUGUGGCUGCAGCAACUUGUGGUGAUGGCAACGCCUUUGCUCGGCUCUUUGAACGCGAGUCCUCCACAUUGCUCCAAGCUUCUCCAUAUCCAUGCAACUACGGCAAGGGAAAUGGAGCUUACGGCUGCGCGGCCUUCGUACUGAAGAGACAGAAGAUAUGGCUAGUGGAGCUUCUGUCUGUCUCCAAGAUGCGAGAGAAGUGGACCGCUCCUUUUCUACAUCGCUGCGAUUCGCAGACGGAGCUCCAGGGAUGUCUGCUUAGCGUUGACGGCGCCGGAGCGGUGCAGCGCUUCCCGGAACUGCGGCAAGGGCUCGCUUUCACUCCGAGGGACUUUGUGGCCUGUGCACAGCUUGACCACAUAUCCCCCCAGGCGCCAUCUGUGUGCCUGACGAAAGGGGACUUGCGACGCUGGCAGGACCUGCAGAAGCUGCAGCGGUUGAUCCAGUAA